AUGUCGAACAACAAGAGGAAGCUGUCGGCCUCUACGCCGGCCGCUACCUCGCACCCGCCGCCGAAGAAGCGCUCCUUCCAAGCGAGCGGCUCUGGAGGUGGCGGCGCCACCAUGGCCGCGGUGGGCUAUGGAGUAACAUUCGGCGCUGCUGGCGAAAAGAGCGAGCUCGAGCUCCUGCAGUACCAAAAUCAGUCUCUUUCGACCCUGCUCAAAGAGAAGAAGGAAGAGAUUUCUUCCUUGCGGACGAAGCUGCGCACAGUUGAGGCUAAGGAAAGGGAAUCAAGCAACGGGCUCGCCUACGUGACGCAGCACUGGAGUUCGCUCGAUGAAAACCUGCACACUGUGCUGGCUACAAUCGAGCCAGCUACGGUGGAUGAAAUUUUGCGAGAAGAAUCGAGGAGGGUCCAUCCUCCGGAAGAUGAACGAAGCUUCCUGCAGAUGCUGCUGGGCGAUGAGGGGGAUUUGAUGAACGAGGAAGAAAGAAAAGAUAUCAAGAAGGAGAAAGAGCUUGGCAACGAAGAUGAGCAGGAGCUUGAUGAAGAGGAAGCCGAGGCUAGGGACGAGGAGUACCAAAAACUGCUGCUCAAGCAGCGGAUUGACCCCGCGCUCGAGCGACGAUCUUCGUUUACGAAACAAAUCCUCAUAAGGGUUUGUGACGCGCUGCAGAAGCAGAAGCGAAGGAGCGACGACCUGGCCAGACGACUUCAAGAUGCAGCGAGUCUUGAGCGAGUGAUGGUGGAAGAGAGCAAUGGGCUGCGCGAGCAGGUGGCCGGUUUGGACAAGCUUGUCGCCAAGCUGCAACACAAGAACAUGGAGCUGAGCAGAGGAUAUUCGAGCGCCAAGACAGGUUGGGUGCAAGCUGAGCAGAAGAUAAGGGUGCUCACUAUGGACAUCGAAGAUUUCAAGGCAGAUCUGUCGACGUGCCACAACAGGAUCGAGAGAUUGAACAAAGCGCUGCAAGAGGCGCAGACUAAGGCGGCCACGGCUGCCGCAAAUGCACCGGCCCCUGCUGCAGCUGCUUCCACUUCGUCUUCGUCUUCGUCAUCGCCUUCUCUUGGCUCGCAUGAGGCUCCAGAGGAGGUGCAGAAGAUACGCGAAGAGCUGGCCGACGCCAGAACCGUGGAAGAGAACAGGCUGAAGGAGAUACAGAAACUGCGCCAAGACCGCGCGGAAUUGAAGAACGAACUAAACGAACUUAAUGACAAGCUGCUCAAUCUGCCGGAACACGUCGUCCGCACAUCGCCUGCUUUCAGGAUGCUAGAGACGCAUCUGCAGAUGGCUGUGAUGGAUUACGAGUCGCAGAGAGGAUUGUGCUCGCAGCUGCAGAGGAGUGUUGCUACUCUAGAGCAGGAGAGGCGGGAGGAGAAGGAUCGGGCUCAGAAAAACGAACAAGCCAGACGGCAGGAGCUGGAGAAGGAGAUCAAAGAGAAGGAUGCAGCUCUCGCUCGCAUACGAGGCGAGAGAGACAACCUUAUCUAUCGCUUAGAGCAGAAGAAGGCAUCACUCCCGAGCCAGCAGUUGAUCAACGAGUUCAAGAUGACGAUCGCGACGCUCCAGGAUCAAAGCGCCAAGUUGCGAAAAGAGCUCGAAAAGCUCCGGGAACAGAAGGACAAGGAACGAGGCAGGGAGCCUGAGAGAGCUCACACCAGCGAGCCAAGGGCUCCUGAAGUUGCAGAGCUGCAAGAGAAAGUCAAGGUGCUCCAGCGAGGGAUGGACGACUUUAAGAGGAAACACGACGAUGCGCAGAGGGAAUUGAGAUCGAUAACCGAAAGCCUGCCUAGGGAACAGCGCGAGCUGCAUGAGAUUCGACGUAAUGAGCGCAAGCUGGCCGAUGAGAACACCUAUCUCAAAUCUCGCCUCGCCAAAUACGAGCCCAAGAACAAGCUUGAGAAGGACUAUCCGCGCUUGCUGUCCAAAGCAGACCAAUCGAUCCGAGAGCUCCAGAAAUCACUCGACGCGACCAAAGCGGAGAACGCGGCCUAUCUGUCGGAAAUGGAGGUCAUUUCCAAAGAGUUCGAGUCCACAAUGGAGCAAAACACGAGGUUGCUGCACGAGCUAUCCGACAAGGACGAGACCACCACCAAGCUCAUGUCCGACAGGAUCAAGUCCGAGCAGCUGCAGAACCAGCUUCGAGAGGAGACGAAACAGCUCCAGUUCCAAAUUAAGCUCGCGGGCGAAAGAUAUGAGCAGCAGAAGGAGCUGCUCAAGCGAGAGGAAACGAAGGCCAAGAUGAUCGAGGAACAGAUGAUCAAGGCCAACGAACAGAUCUCCUCGUUCACCAACCUGAUUGAGGCUCACAAGAGGGCCGCUAGGGACGCUGCACAGCAGCUUGUGGAGUUCAAGGCCAAGCUGGACCAAGCGACUGCCGCUCUCGCCGAAUACAAGAAGAAGCUGGACGAACAGAGCAGCGCGCUUGAAAGAGGAGAGGACAAGAUCUCCCGCCUGAUGGAGGAAAGGAACACGCUCAAGAGAAAGGUUGAGCGUCUGUCGGCCAGAGGGUCGGUCGAUACUCUGCUCGAGGAAGAAGUCAGCACGCUCCGGAAAAUGCUGCGAUGCCCCGUCUGCAACGACAACAUGAAGGAUACGGUCAUCACGCGCUGCUUCCACGUGUUCUGCAACCCGUGCGUGAAGAGCAGACUGCAGCUGCGCAACAGGAAAUGCCCGGGCUGCGCCAAGCCCUUCGGAGAGAACGAUGUACACAGCAUCUACCUUGGCUUCGACGACGUGAAAGACGAAGAAGACUAG